GGGAUAACCUAUAAGUAGAUGCCUGUUAGCUACCAAUAUUGACUUAAAUAGGUAUAAAGUAAUAUUUUACUGUUAUUUGCAUGCAUUUGAAUCUGGUAUAUAAAGCGACAGUUUUGCCAUGUGAAGAAGUUGAAAAACCUAUGCCCCCCUGCUUGUAUUUGGUAUAUUCCGAGAUAAAUAUUUACAACAAAAUGGCGGCCAUUGUAAGUUUUGCAGGCAAGUUCGUAGGAUUUUCCGGCUAAGUUCGGAGCGGAUUGGCGAUGGCUGACAGCAACGGAAGGUGCCAACAGACCAACAACCCCAGGAAGAGAAAGUGUGAUUCUGCGACAUCCAACCAAACAGGCACCAAGUGUGCUGUGGAGGACGGCUUCUCGUGGUGGACCUGCCUGAUGCUGGGAAUGCCGCACGAGAAAUCCCAACCUCACACCAGGCCUGUCCAGAACUCUGCUCAAACCGUGCCUGUACAAAACUCUGCUCACAUACUGCCGCAUGAGAAAUCCCUGCCCAGGCCUGUCCAGAACAAUUCUCACACCGUGCCCGUCCAAAACUCUCAGGACUGCUGACACAGUGCCGCACGAGAAAUCCCAACCGCACACCAGGCCUGUCCAGAACUCUGCUCAAACUGUGCCUGUACAAAACUCUCAGAACUGCUGACUCAACAAGUUUCAAGUUUAUUUAUUUUAACAGGGCUGUUUGUAGCCUGUUACUAGUGUUACCUUCUUCAGGUUUUUAUAGGAUGGGGCAAUUUUGGAAGAUCGCCGAUGGGCUUACAAUGUCCGACUGUAUAGGAAACAUUAUGGGGACUUGGGGUGUUUGAAGGAUUUUGUUUUAUAUCAUACUCAAAGUUUUCAAAAGGUCUUUUAUAAAACAUUUGAGGCAUUCCAGGAGUGAGCAAAAUUUUAGAAUUUUACAAGAAAUUAAAUGUUCUUUCAGUUCACUGUUUGUAAAGCCAAUGUCCAAAAUUGAAAGAUGUUUUAUAUAAAGUACUUUAUAUGUAAAUUUGUACCAGUACAAACAUCAAGUCCAGCCUGAGGCUGUGCGAGGAUUUCUGUACUGUGGGAAUUUGGAGGUGGAGAACAUUUGGGAGGACGGCUGUCGUUAGAUGGAGAACUCAGACCCGCCUCCAACUGCCACUCAAACUGCUUCUCCUAGCAACUGUCAUGUGACUGCAGAAGCCGGCUGUGAUUGGCUGGCAGCCCUAGAGCGGAGUCAUGUGACUGCAGAAGCCGGCUGUGAUUGGCCGGCAGCCACAGAGCGGAGUCAUGUGACUGCAGAAGCUGGCUGUGAUUGGCCGGCAGCCCUGGAGCGGAGUCAUGUGACUGCAGAAGCUGGCUGUGAUUGGCAGGCAGCCCCGGAGCGGAGUCAUGUGACUGCAGAAGCUGGCUGUGAUUGGCCGGCAGCCCUGGAGCGGAGUCAUGUGACUGCAGAAGCUGGCUGUGAUUGGCCGGCAGCCACAGAGCGGAGUCAUGUGACUGCAGAAGCCGGCUGUGAUUGGCCGGCAGCCCCGGACCCCCCCCUGCCCAGUGACUGCUGCGGAGGGGGGUGUGACCCGUGUGUUUAUGACAUCUAUGACCAGGAGCUGAGGCUGUGGCAGGAGGAGUGCAGAACUCGCCGGGAAGGGAAAUCAGCUUCACAGGAAAGCAACGAUCGUCGGACGGACGGGCCGGCGCUGAGUCCAGACAACUACACGACCUUCAAGUUGGAGAACAUCCAGCAGCUGACCUUUGACAUGACCUCUGAGACAAAUGUGUACAGGUUCCAAAUCCCUGGGAACGGCCAUCUUGGAUUAACCACAGGACAGCACCUCAUCGUAAGGUACAGGGGUCGAGUGUCCGGCAGGUCGGUGACCCGACAGUACACUCCCAUCAGCCCCCUGGAGGCCAAAGGUUACUUCGAGGUUCUGAUCAAGGUGUAUGCGGCAGGUGAGAUGUCCAGGUACGUGCGCACCUGGCAGGUGGGAGACCUGGUGGAGUGGAGAGGGCCCUUCGGAACCUUCACCUACCGACCAAACCAGUACCGGCAGGUGGUGAUGGUUGCCGCGGGAACGGGGGUCACGCCGAUGCUGCAGGUCGCAGGUCGUAUCCUUGGUAACGAGUUGGAUGAGACGCGGGUGAGGCUACUGUACGCCUGCAGACGCUACCGAGACAUUCUGCUGAAAAACUCUCUGGACGAGAUGGCGGCUUUCUGGAACUUCUCUGCCUCCUAUUGGCUCAGUCAGGAGAAUCCAAAAAACUUCCAGCCCAAAUAUGGAGAUGAGAUCCACCACGGCCGGCUGGACCGGGCCGUUCUGUCUGCCGAGCUGCCUCCCCCUGGAAGUUCUGUGCUGGUGCUGAUCUGCGGAACCCGAUCCUUUAACUCUGACAUGGAGGCAAACUUACAGGCCCUGGGCUUCUCGCAAACAGACUUCUUCAGGUUCUAAAGGCCCUGGGCUUCUCGCAAACAGACUUCUUCAGGUUCUAAAGGCCCUGGGCUUCUCUCAAACAGACUUCUUCAGGUUCUAAAGGCCCUGGGCUUCUCGCAAACAGACUUCUUCAGGUUCUAAAGGCUCUGGGCUUCUCGCAAACAGACUUCUUCAGGUUCUAAAGGCCCUGGGCUUCUCGCAAACAGACUUCUUCAGGUUUUAAAGGCUCCGGUUUUAAUGAUUCCAACUUGAUAUGACUGAAGCAGCAGGUGUUUUUGCAUGUUUUCUAACGUUUAGACUGGUUGUGUUUGUUGUGAGUUCUACUGGAAGGCACAGAGGCCUUGCUGCAGUACAUUCUAAGGUGCUGGUCGUAUGAAAGACUGUAUCAGUAUCACGGCUUGGGUUCAUGCAGACAACAUGAAAGCAGUUUUCUAACAAACUCAAGUUACAUUUUAGUUGGAAGCUGAUGCUUUCUUUAUAGAAAAUUGUUCUGACAACAAUGUCGGGCACUUUACUGCAAACUGGCUGGGAGUUCAGCCAUUUUAUCCCACCACAAGCUGGCUGGGGCGUGUGUAAAAUUGUUUUAUUUUAAGUCUGAACACCACUUUUUACACCUUGCAUAAUAAAAAUGGCCGCUUUAGGAUGGGUAACCCCUUCCAAGGCAGGUCAUGUGACCGUAACUUUGUUUCUAACUUUUCAGAUAAAAUCGCGUGAGAAUCUAAUAACUAGCCUCCUCCUAAAUGUCACCUGACCUUCACCUGACCUUCAGAAUUCAAAGGUUCACAAAAAAAGCCAUGCCCAGUGUCAAAGGUCAAGGCCUUUGCUCUGCCGAUAUCCAAAAUAACAUCAGAGAUGCAGCUACAUGUAUUUCACACUAGGAGUACUAGUGUAUGGGCAUCUCCUCUCCCACAGUCACAGGGAGAAAACUCCUCUUUCUGGUUCAUACCUGCCAAACCCCAAACAUUCAUACUGAAAUAUAAUACGGAACAAAGAGACAAGAAAUUGGAUGUCAGAGUUUCAGUUCCAGUUUUAUUAGAUUGCCUGCCAUGUAACAAUGCUACAGUACUACAACAUGACAUGGCAUGUCAAUGUUCACAAGUGAUGUUACACUCAAUUACACAGGAAUGUGCUAAGAUGGACAUGUAUAAUCAUAUUUCAAUUGAUAAAAAUCCUUCAGAAUAUAAUAAACAGUGAUCACGGCUUAUUGGAUAAGAUCAAUGUAUCAGAGAUGUAUAAAAUCACAGAAGCUGCGAAGAUCAGCUCGUGCAUAGUAACUUCAUCGCGCGCCGUAAAAACGCUGAGUCAGCUGUUUCAGCUGAGCUCAACUACAGUAGCAUUGAGCUGGGAACUACAGUAGCAUUGAGCUGGGAACUACAGUAGCAUUGAGCUGGGAACUACAGUAGCACUGAGCUGGGAACUACAGUAGCAUUGAGCUGGGAACUACAGUAGCAUUGAGCUGGGAACUACAGUAGCAUGGAGCUGGUAACUACAGUAGCACUGAGCUGGGAACUUAAGG